UUCAACGCGCCUAAGGUUUAUGCCAUUCCAGCUGGGUUUGGUAUUAACAAAGGGGGCUUUUUUCACAUUCCAACAAAUAAGAAGCUCAGUAAGAACAGGGGAGAAUCGAAGGUGGCGGUGAUUCAGGUUACAGAAGAAGAAAUUAGCUGUCCAAAUGUGAUAUUGGAGCUGAAUAGGCUGAUGCCGGGUUUUGCUCCAUGGUCUGCUGAACAGAUUGAUCAAAGGACCUUCAAAACCUCCUUCCCGUCAGUUGGUGAACUCAAGAGGAUGGUAGAGUGGGGGCCGGUGAAGGCCAAAUCUCAGAAGGCAACGCUUGAAUUCAAGGUGAACAGCUCUGGGGGGCGAGUGAAAGCAAUUUUGAAAGAAGUCUAGGUACAGUUUGAUGGUCUUCCUCAUGAAAUGUGUACCUAUGGGCACAUAUGGGGGUUGGGCUCAACACUGGGAGUCACCAGAGAGGUGGACAUGGACUUUUUUCGGAAGUACAGUGUGUGUCGAAUGCUUGUUAGUGUGGUGGAUCCUCAAGCCAUACCUUUUUCGGGUGAUGUCGAAAUUGAUAACAUCAUGUAUGAGGUUCAUUAUUGGGUUGAGGACGGCUCAUCGACGGGUGUUCCUUUGCCUGGUACAGAGGCUUUUUUCAGGGAGGAUGAAAAGGAUGAUGAUGGCAGAGAGAACCAAGAGAACACAAACAAUGAGAAAGGGGAGUUUGGGAAGAAAUCAGAUAAAGGCUCGGAUGGUGUUGUUGAUGGGCACCAUGCUUCGGGAGGAGAGAAUCCUACUAGCCACAAACAAAAUGAGGGUGGUCUAGCGGCGGGUUCUGAAAAUUCUGAACCGAUGCAUCUAGCGGCUGAGAUAUCCACCGAUGGUGAUGGGCUGAAGUCUGGAGCAGUGGAAGCUGCGACGCCUACACUCAAAGCUGCUAUGGCUGAGAAGAUGGCGGCAAUUCCGGACGUGGUGCAGUCAGUGGCUGCUGGUUGCAAGAGGCGAUCGAGCUCCACUGAUGAGCACUCGUUGGCGCGGGCAGAACGGCUGAAAGCGGAAAGAAAUGGAGGUACUCUUCAGAGGAACUUACUGGUGUCGUUUUUGGGCUCUACUCCAAAAGCGUGAAGAAGACGCCAAUGAAAUGAAGGCCGCAUG